AUGAGCAAAGACGACGAAUACGAUUAUCUCUUCAAAGUUGUGCUGAUCGGAGACUCUGGGGUUGGAAAAUCCAACCUGGUGUCGCGUUUCACGAGGAACGAGUUCAACCUCGAAUCCAAGUCGACGAUUGGAGUCGAGUUCACAACCAGAAGCAUCCAGGUCGAUGCAAAAACUAUCAAGGCACAAAUCUGGGACACUGCUGGACAGGAGCGUUAUCGUGCCAUUACUUCGGCUUACUACCGUGGUGCCGUCGGCGCAUUGUUGGUCUACGAUAUUGCCAAGCAUGCCACGUAUGAGAACGUCGGUCGCUGGCUCAAAGAGCUCCGUGACCACGCCGAUACCAACAUUGUGAUCAUGCUUGUCGGAAACAAGAGUGAUUUGCGACAUCUGCGCGCGGUCCCCACAGACGAAGCCAAGCAAUUUGCCGCUGAGAAUGGCCUGUCCUUUAUUGAGACCUCGGCCUUAGAUUCCAGCAAUGUUGAGCUCUCCUUCCAGCGCAUCUUGACAGAAAUCUACCGCAUUGUGUCAAACAAGGCACUGGAGAACUCUGGAGACGUUAUUAGACCCACUGGAGGCGAGACCAUCAAUGUCACUCCAAAUUCCAGCGAUGCGAAUGCUGCUGGAGGGUGCUGUUAA